UACAUGUCAUACGCGUAGUUAAACAAGGGUUAAACAGCCGAACAGUGUUUUAGCGCGCUUAACCUUAGCUUCAAUUUUAAUUUUGUUUUUAUUGACAUACUCCUAAAAUUAUUUUCGUGAUAUACAACUUUCUUCUGCUUUAUCAUAAAGUUUUAAAUUAAAUCAUGCCUAGACUGAAAGCUCAAUUGUCUAAAUCUAAAAACAGUGAUACUGUAAAAAUAUGUAGUUUAUGUACAUCAGAAGAAGGAGUUUUCACAACGCUUUUACCAGAGAAACUUAUUAAUAUUUAUCAAUUAUUUCAGCCUGAUAUGCCAGAAAAUUCUGAAGCAAAAACUUUGUGUCAUAGGUGCAUUUAUAAAAUUACAGUUCUAGAAGAUUUUAAAAAAUUAUUAGAAUGCGAUAUCCAAGAUCAGGCAUGUGUUUUAUGUGGUGGUUCUCCACACUCUGAUCUAGAUGUAGCCCAAUCAUUCGUCGAUGAAAAGAUACAACUAUGUCAUUACAUUAACAGAUCAUUUAAAAGUAAUGAUACCAUUUGCUCGAAUUGCUAUUUCAAACUUGAGCUUUUUAAAGAAUGCAAAAAGUAUGCAUCAGCAAAUUUUGUACCUGAGGGAAGAAGUGUUAGUGCUCUUACAAGCACAAGUAAACUCGCUUCAGUAAAGAAACUAGUCGAUAGAGAUUUAAUCAAAGUUAAUUCAGUUAUUACUAAGGAUAAAAAAAUGUACACAUUGAUAGCUCGAGUAGAUGUUAUUUCUAAUAUGACGAAGGCUGUUAAAAGAAAGUUAGGUUUAGAUAUGGUGCAAGGCACUAAAAAGGUUAAAGUAGAUACUGCUAAAGUGUCUCAAAAUAAAAAAGAUACUUCAAGUAAUAAAACAGUUUCUCAAAGAGGUCGUCCUAAAUCACAAACCCCGACAAGAAAACAAUUGCAAAGUAAGAAAAAGACAGGUGCUGAAAAAAUUACAACAGAAAACAUUUUAGAUGAAGCAGAGGCAAAAGCUGAGAAAAAUGAAAAAGGACGAACUUUGGAAAAUGGAUUAAAGGAUAAUAAUGAAGUUGAUAAUUCAGUUAGUCUAAUUGAAAGACUAGAAGCUGAGAAAAAUGAAAAAGGAAGAACUUCAGAAGAUAGAUUAAAGGAUAAUAAUGAGGCUGAUAAUUCAGUUAGUCUAAUUGAAAGACUAGAAGACACCACAGCAUCUACUUCAAACACAGCUGAUGAUGAAAUAGGGAUUGCUGAUGAAAAUAAAAUAACUAAAAAUGAAGAUGACAAAUCUUCUGGUGGUAAUGAUGUGGACAAGGAUAUCGGGGUACCUGAAAAAAAGCCUAGGAAUCAAAUAAAAAUAAAACUUAUUUCACCGACUAAGAAAAAGAAAAAUGCAAAAAAUAAGGUUCAAAGACAAACUAAGGCUAAUAAAAAGGUUGAUGUAGUAUUAAUGGACUGUAAAGUUCUAUUAGAAAGCAAUAUGUUAGCUGAUGUUCCAGCGCAAAUUCAAACUGAACUAAUAGAGUCUACAAACAAAAAUAUGAUGGAAACUGCACUUGGAAAUGAGGUUCCAAAUACCGAUCAAAAUAUGUCUGAGAGUGAAAAGCCUGAUAAUGAAUCAAGCAAAAUUUCUACGAUUUGUCUUGUUUCACAAAAAGAAGAAACAUCUGAAGAUGUGAUGGAAACUGCACUUGGAAAUGAGGUUCCAAAUACCGAUCAAAAUAUGUCUGAGAGUGAAAAGCCUGAUAAUGAAUCAAGCAAAAUUUCUACAAUUUGUCUUGUUUCACAAAAAGAAGAAAUAUCUGAAGAUGCACAAGUUGAGCAAGAAAUUUCAUCUAAUGAUGGUAAUAAGAAGAUAGAAGAAACGAUUGUUGAAUGUUCCACUGAAAACGCUGAUCGUAAAGAAAGUGAAGCAUUGCCAAUAGAAAAUGAAGUGCCUUUAUCUGUUAAGAUUACAGAUGAGGAAUCUAAGUCAGAGAAGAAAUCAAAGCAUGUAGAAUUUGAUUUAUCUAAUUUAGAUACUCCACAUGAUGAUCAAGAUAAUAAAGACGCGAAGAAAGAAACCACUGAAAUUUUUUCAGUUAAUGCAUCACCAGAGCUCAAAGAUGAAAAAAUAAUUAUAGAAAGUGAGGAAAAUGGCAAUGAUAAUCAUUCUGAAAUAAUAGAUAGUGUAUUUUGCACAGAAUCUAUCGUCAAUUGCAAAUCUAUUUGCAAAAUCCAUGAAGAAAUAGAGCUUCCGCCAAACUCACUACCAGAUGAAAUUUUAGAAGAUGAAGAAAUGCCAUUGAUAGAAGAAAAGCAAAACGGCUCUAAUUCUGAAGCUAAUGCCCAAGAGCAACUAGAAAAUAAAGCCAUCUCUGAAAAUCAAUUAAAGGCAGAAGCUGAAAAUAGUAAUGAAGCACAAAAUUCUGAUUCAAUAGAAAAUUCCGAUAUGGUGCCAGAUGUUGAAGGUCUCAAUGUGGAUAAUGAUAUUGCUGAAAAUAAAAAAAGUAAAGUAGAAUGUAUGAAAUCUUGUGAUGAGAAUUUUUCAGAAUUAUCUGAUACCACACCUACAAUUUCUGUUGCUGAUAAUACAAGUGAAGUAAACGAUACAAUGCAGAAAGAAUUAAGUAGUUGCAACUUAAUAGAAAAUUUACCUAAAGCAGCCUUCCAUGCUGACAGCAAUGAAGAACCAACAAUCAUAUGUGAAAAUCGCCAUAGUGAUUUAGUAGAAAAAGAAACUGAAGUAUUGUCAGGAUUAGAGCCUAAUGAAGAUUUAUGAUCUUUUUUAAAUUAAUAGAACAUCAAGUCAUAUGUAACUAAUAUUAAUUAUUUUUAAAAUGGAUCGUUUUUAUUAAGUAAGACAAUUUCAC